UUUCAACCUCAGCUCACCAUCCAGUGUGAUUAUGUUCAUACGACAAGAAGGCAAGAAACCCAGCACAGAUUAUUGGUACAGCAAUUAUGAUUACCAUAAUCCCCACCAAACCACUCGCAUUCAAGUCACCAUCUGUAAUCACGCCACUAUAUAUUACUAGUAAUCCCCAAUCCUCUUUUUCUCCGUUUCCAUUUCCGUUUCUCACUUCCCCUCGCCUCAAAUUCUCACAUCGAAGAAGACGCAGUUUUCAGGUUCAGGCUUCUUCUUUGGUCCUGCCGCUUCUCCCCUUCCCCAUUGAUCAGGUACUUGUUCCAUCAGAGGGUAAAACUCUUCAUCUCUAUGAAGCAAGGUAUAUAGCUCUCCUGGAGGAGUCUUUGUUUCAGAAGAACAAGCUCUUUGUACAUUUUGUGUUAGAUCCAAUUGGGAUUACUGGUUCAUCAGGAGAAGCAUCAUUUGCUGCUCGAUUUGGUUGCUUGGUCAUAAUAGAGAAAGUUGAACGUCUAGACAUUGGAGCGUUAGUCGAGAUAAGGGGUGUAGGUCGAGUAAAAAUAUUGGAAUUAAAACAGGGACAGCCUUAUCUCACAGGCGAAGUUGCACCACUGCAAGACAAUGUUUUGCACAAAAUGACAGAAAUAAGCUCCAAAAUUUCGGAAUUGAAACAAGCUCUUCAUAGUUUGACUAUCUUGGAGAUAAAGUUGAAGACCCCAGGGGAAGCACUAUUGCAAACACAAACCGUAAGUUCUCUUAAUUGGGCUGAAAAGCAAUUACCAUUGGAAAGCAUCACAGAUUUCAUUCCACCUGUCGCUGAGCGUGUUUCUUUUGUAGCACUUCAACCAAUUUCAGGUGCAACUCUAUCGGAACUGGCUAAGUUACAGAGAGAAAAACUGGCUGCAAUGGAUAUAAGAGAUACAAUAGAAAGACUGGAUAAAUCUAUUGAACUAACUAAACACAACAUCUCCAUGUCAGCAGCCAAGCUUGCUAUUCAAUCUCUCGACAAGCGUUAGGCAUUGUAAAGUUGUAUAUAAGAUAAAGGCAUAAAGCUUAUUAGUGUCCAUUGUAAUGUAACUCCGGUAAUACGUAUUAGUGUUUAACACCAAUUUUAAAAGAAAUACCCAUGGUGAUUUAUUUGGGGGUUUUAGCUCGUAAAUCCCUUUGGCUAGUUAUACGGUUCGGUCUUCAGUACUAUACUAUACUUUAGACACUGCGCUUCCUUUUUAAAGCUUAUCAUAUCAAAGACUUGUCUGG